AUGCCGAGAAUCACCAUCCUCGGAGCUGGAAUCACUGGCAUGGCAAUUGCCAGCCAGCUGCCCAAGCAUUACGAUGUAACAAUCGCGGCGCGCAAUCUUCCAGGCGACCCUCACGUCCAGGAAUGGGCGAGCCCAUGGGCCGGAGCUGUCUGGACAGGCAUGGAAGGAUCCAGCGAGCGUGAGCAGAAAAUGCAGCUGAAUGCCUUGGCUGUCUGGUGGCAGCUUGCACUGAGCGACCCCGAUUCCAGCGUGCGGCGCGUGGAAAUGACCGAAAUUCGAGAGUCCGGGUCGCUGGAUCAAAUCUGGUACCGGAACAAGGUUCCUGGGUUCAUUGAAGUGCCGUGUAAGGAGCUGCCCGAGGGUGCAUCCUUCGGGUUUAAAUAUAGCACUAUCGUUCUCACGCCCAUGACAUUUCUUCCCUGGCUGCGGUCCAAACUGGAAGCCUCCGGGGUCAAGUUCAAGCGAGUCACUGUUCGAUCACUGGCCGAUCUCAGCGGCCUGGGUCAUGAUGUCCUCGUCAACGCAAGCGGAACGGGUCCUCUGCGACUCGCUGAUGUGGCAGACCCAAAUGUCCAGGAAGUGCGUGGCCAGACGCUCCUGGUCAAGACGGAUUACGACCAACUCCUGAUGCGCCGUGGUAAAGACUAUACCUACAUCUUUGGACGUGGGGACGGCACUGCCAUUCUCGGUGGGAUCAAACAGUAUGGCAACACAGACACUCAGGUAGAUGAUUAUAUCCGUAAAGAUAUUGUCCGUCGCGCCCAUGAGAACCUCCCUCAGCAUUUCCCUUCGACGGAUCCGAACAGCUACACGGUCCUCCGGGACAUUGUCGGUAUCCGUCCGGAAAGGAAUGGAGGCGUCCGGGUAGAAAAAGAAGUCAUCAAUGGACAGAAGGUGGUGCAUGCAUAUGGCACUGGAGGAGGCGGUUAUGCCUUCAGCUUUGGGGUUGCGCGAGAAGUAGCCAAGUUGGUGAAUGAGUAUGUGUUUGAGCCGGCAGCCAAGCUGUAG